GACACCGGCACCACUUGGGAAUUGGGAUCGCUCGCAGCCAAUGAGAGAUGUUAUAACUUCCUCCCAAAUCCUAAUCAUAUAAAAAUCAAAUCAGACAACAUUAACAGUAGAAAAAACACAACCUUUGUCCAACGAGCUCCACAACUUCCCCCGUUUCUCUCUUUCUCUGCCCUACUUUCUGUCAAAUUCAACACUAACAAAUUACAGACACACAGAUUCCAAUUAGGGUUUUUGUUUCUCUCCUCUUCUCCUCUGUUUUUGUUUAUUUUUUCAUUAAUUUUUGUUUGUUUGUUUCCAAAUUUUAUCGUCCUCCAAUUAACUUCCCAUGAUCCGAGCUCUCCUGCAUCCCAGCAACGACCUCGGAUUCAAAUUCUGAGAAACUCAAUCGAAUUCCGACCCAAUCAUGGGUGUUUCGUUUAAGGUUUCAAGGACCGGUACUAGGUUCCGUCCGAAGCCGCCUCUGCAGUCCGAGGCCGACGUUGCCGGUGAUGACGUGUCCGAGACUCCCAAUAACAGCAGCUCCCGAGCUGUCCCCAGAAAGCUCGAGGGUGAGAAUGGGGCCAGGGUUUCUGGUCCACCAAUGUCUUCUGAAGGGCUUCUCCUAUCUGCAGAAAACGAAGUUUCCUUCACUUUGAAUCUCUUCCCAGAUGGAUACUCUAUUGGAAAACCAUCAGAGAAUGACACUUCUCAUCAAGCUACACAUCAAGAUGUUCCAAAGUUGUUACACCCAUAUGAUAGGACGUCAGAAACUCUUUUUUCGGCAAUUGAAUCUGGCCGGUUGCCUGGAGAUAUUCUAGAUGAUAUACCUUGCAAGUAUGUCGAUGGAACACUUGUGUGUGAGAUUCGUGAUUAUCGCAAAUGUGCUUUUGAACAAGGGCCUAGUAGUCCCUCUACCAAUGGAUCCGUCAUUGUAAAUAAAGUAUGCCUUAAAAUGUCAUUGGAAAAUGUAGUGAAGGAUAUCCCGCUGAUCUCAGAUAAUUCUUGGGCUUAUGGUGACCUGAUGGAAGUGGAGUCCCGAAUAUUGAAAUCUUUGCAGCCACAACUUCAUUUAGAUCCAACUCCCAAGUUAGACAGGCUCUGUAAAAAUCCAGUUCCCACAAAGCUCGAUUUGGCAUUGACUGGUAUCCGGAGAAAGAGGUUGAGACAGAUGCCAGAAACUGUUGCAUCUAAUAGCAAGACACAUGGGAAGAAAGUUUGCAUUGAUAGAGUUCCAGAAAGAUCUAACAGUAGGUUGGGAGAUUCAGGAACCCUUCCAGCCAAUAUGAUGCCACACGCCCAUGAAAAUUUGACCGAUCAAAAUGUGAGUACAAAUAACUUGUUGGCCCUAAGAUCCAAGAGUUUUAUGACCGAUGCUUCUGUUCCAGCACCACAUUUAGCACCGAACCAAUCAAGGUAUCAAAUGGGGGUCGGAACCCCAAGAAGUGUGCAGGACGCUGGAUCAGGAAGUGUUGUCAAUGCAUCACCUUCCCCUGUUGGGCAAGACAUGAUGAUCUCGUAUACUGACAAUGUGAACAGUAAUGUCCCUCUUCUUGGAAAGAGAGAGCAUCAAGAUGGCCAAAUGUCACCCUUAUCUACUUUUAAUAAGAGACAAAGACCCACACCAGUUGGCCUUGAUGGAAUGCAACAUGAGCAAAUAGGGCCACAUAUGGAUACUUUCCAUGGAUCAGAUAUGAACUGGAAGAAUAACUAUUUGCAGCAGCAAGCAAUGGCCAAAGGAAUUCAGUCAAAUACAGGAAUUCAGAAGUUCUCCCAGCAGAUGUUUGAUGGGGCGGUGAGUCAGGACCCUGGGACAAUGCCAUUUGUUGUAGGACAGCCAAACAUGAGAUAUGGUGCCAAGGAAGAGCCGUUUGAUAUAGGUAAGAUAGACGGGUCAGAGCUCAGUGGGAUUAAGACCGAUGUGCCGAUAAUGGAAGGAGACACAAGCCAUCUCGAUCCAUCAAGGCUUCACCAAAGAUUAUCACAGCAUGCAUUCAUGAGAUCUAAUUUUUCUCAGCCAUCCUGGAGUAAUCUUGGUCAGAAUAUGGAGAAAGAUGCAAGAAAGGAUGACCAACUCCCAAAAAGAAAAUUAGCUCAAAGUCCUCGGGUAUCUUCUGGGGCUUUAGUGCAAUCCCCAUUAUCAUCAAAGUCGGGGGAGUUUUCUACUGGUUCUGUAAGACCCCACUUUGGAACAGCUGCAGUAACUUCUGCUUUAGCGGCAUCGCAGAAGGAGAAGGCAGCAAUGACCUCAGUUCCUACUAUUGGAGCCCCAUGUUUGACUUCCAGUGCUAAUGAGUCUAUGCAACGGCAACACCAGUCUCAAGCUGCAGCAAAACGGAAAACAAACUCGCUCCCUAAGACCUCAGCAAUGACUGGUGUUGGAUCUCCUGCCAGCGUGAGUAAUAUAAGUGUUCCACUAAAUGCAGGCAGUCCUUCUGUUGGAACUCCAUCCUCCGCUGAUCAAACCAUGCUUGAAAAAUUCGCAAAAUUGAAGCGGUAUCAGCUCAACAAAAAAAAGAAUAAGGUUGAUGAUAUCAGGAAGCCAAAUACAUUCCCAGAUCAACAUCUUCGAGCCUGCCUCUCAAAUGGUUCCAAUAAUGAGGAUUUCAAUGAUGAUUCAUGUGAGAGACGUUUGUCGAAGUCACUUGUUGGUGGAAGCAUGAAUAUCUGCAAAAUUAGAAUUUUGAAUUUUGAGAAGGAAGAGCAUAUUGUUCAAGGAAAUGGUGUUUAUCUUCCCAAGCAACGAACUAGGUUGAUCGUGUCAGAGAGACCAAAUGAUGGUACUGUAGCAAUGUACUACGGCAAAGUAGAAGAUGGUGAUUUUCUGUCUGCCGAGGAACAUCUUCCUACUUUGUCCAAUACUCACAUGGCGGAUUUGCUUGCAGCACAGUUCUGUUCGCUGAUGGUGAAGGAUGGUUAUGUUGUGGAUGAUCACAUUCAAUUAAAGCCAACCCGCAUGACUGUUGCCCCAAGCAAUCAAUCAAAUGCUGCUGGGCUGCCCCGUAACAACUCAGCAGCUGAUAUGCAACAAUAUGCAGAUUCAGUUUCAGGCCAGCCGUCCAAUGAGGUUGCAAAGUCAGUUAAUGGCGGUAAUUCAUCCUUAACUUCAUCCCACAAUCUUCUACCAAGCACAAGGAUGUUGCCUCCUGGAAACCCUCAGGCUUUACAGAUGUCUCAAGGGCUCAUGGCUGGGAAUUCGAUGCCUCAACGCCAACAACAGCUUGAGUCACAACCAUCACUCCAGCAGCAGCAGCAGCAGCAACACCAACACCAGCAGCAGCAGCAACAACAACUACAGCAGCAGCAACAACUGCAGCAGCAGCAACAACAGCAGCCACAGCAGCAGCAAAGCCAACACUCAUUGAUUCAACAGCAGAAUCCCCAGCUCCAGAGAUCAAUGAUGAUAGCAGCAAAUUCGCUUUCACAGUUUGGACAGAAUUCCAAUAUGCAAUUACCCAUGGGGAGUAAUAAGCUUACCCCCUUGCAGCAAUAUCAGCUUUUUCAGCAGCAGCAACAGAGUUCACAAAUGCAGAGAAAAAUGAUGAUGGGACUUGGAACAGCUAUGGGAAACUUAGGCAAUAACAUGGUUGGGCUUUCCGGAGUUGGAAACACCAUGGGCAUGGGAGCUGCAAGGGGAAUGGGAUCUGCGCCUAUGACGCCUAUUUCUGGAAUGGGCAAUGUGGGUCAGAAUCCAAUGAAUUUAAGCCAGGGUUCAAAUAUUAGCAAUUUAACCCAGCAAUUUCAACCCGGAAGAUUAACACAAGCUGCUUUAAUGGCAUCAAAAUUCAGGAUGCCAAAUAACCGAGGCGGCAUGUUAGGCAGUCCUCAGUCAGGCAUAGCUGGGAUGUCAGGAGGCAGACAGAUGCAUCCGGGAUCUGCUGGUUUCUCAAUGUUGGGUCAGACUCUGAACCGAGGUAAUAUGAGUCCGAUGCAACACACGCCAGGAGUAGGGCCCAUGGGUCCACCAAAGCUGAUGGCGGGGGUGGCAGGGACGAAUAUGUACAUGAAUCCGCAGCAGCAGCAGCAACAGUUUCAGCAACAACAAAUGCAGCAGCAGCAGUUGCAGCAACAGCAACAGCAAUUACAGCAGCAGCAGCAGCAGCAGCAAUUGCAACAGCAGCAGCAAGAAACGACUUCACCACUACAGGCUGUUGUUUCGCCGCAGCAGGUGGGCUCUCCCUCGGGAAUUUCACAACUGGCCCACCAGAGCCAGCAGCAACAGCAGCAGCUGCAUCAGCAGGCUAGCCCACAGCAAAUGAGCCAAAGAACUCCGAUGAGUCCACAGCUGAGCUCAGGGGCAAUGCAUGCCAUGAGUGCUGGUAAUCCAGAGGCUUGUCCCGCAAGCCCACAGCUAAGCUCUCAAACGCACGGCUCAGUCGGUAGUAUGGCAAAUUCUCCUAUGGACCUUCAAGGUGUGAACAAGAGUAACUCUGUUGGUAAUCCGUAGCAACAAUAUCAGAUCUUCGGGGGUGUUCUCAGGAGGAAAUAGUUCAGCCGCUUCUGUCGGAAGCCUCCCCCUCAAAUCCCAAAGUUAAGUCGACAUUUAGACGUAUUAGUCCUUAUUAACACAGUAAACUUUACAUACAUUGUUCAAAUAAAUUUUGGCAGAAGAACUAUGAGCUUAGUACAUGAUAUCACCUUUUUUCCGGGGCAAAAAGGUGAAUAUACAUUUACUGGAGUGCAAUGGUUUGUGCUAGAGGGGGCUCAGAAAUAAGAUCCAUCUCUCUGCUGCUCUACAGGUGUAUAAAUUCUUGGGGAUUGGCUGGUGUUUAUAAGUGAAGGUUGAGUGUGAAAGUAUUUGCAAUUUUCUGUUUCAUUUUUUUA